AUGGGGAAUUGGCCGUGCGCUGAGGAGGCUGCCAAGGGCUCUCCCAAUGCUCAGAUGGUGCACGAGAGCUUCUUCCCCAUGUACUUGGUCAAGGUGUCAGAUUUCCUAAAGAUGGAGGGCGCCCCAGAACCGCACGACGUCCUGAAGCAACGAGGCCUCCUCCACGAGUGGAGGGCCGGCAUGUUUGCGGUAUUUGUUUCACACCAGUGGCUUGGGCGGCAACAUCCUGAUCCAAAGGGUGAGCAGGUGGCCGUUCUGAGGGAGACGCUGAAGAUACUUAUUGAUGGCUCUCUGGCGAUUGAGGGAGACCUGGUCUCUAUGUCUUAUGGUGAGGGGAAGAGGCUCACCCCAGAGACGCGCAAGCAAGUGGAAACCGGCUACCUCUUCUUCGAUUGGUUUGCCAUCCCUCAAAUCACUGCCCGCGUGGAGGGCGUGAAUGAAGAGCUCACAAAGACGGACGCUGCCAGAGCGGUCAACAGCAUCCCUUCCUAUGUUGAGGCGGCAAGCCUCUUUGUUGCUCUCGUGCCCUUCGUGCUGCACACUGACACCAAACAGUGGUGUUCGUACACCACUUGGCUUGCGCGCGGGUGGUGCAGGGCUGAGUUAUGGCUCCACAUGCUGUCCAGCAAGCCUGAUACCAGCGUGAUUCUUAUAACCUCCGUGCCCGAAGCCAAGUUCAUGUUCCCCUUGGACUGGUUGAUGAAUACCAUUGCGAGUGGAGACUUCACCGUGGAGGACGAUCGUGCGGUGGUUGUGCAGCUGGGGCAAAGAGCGAUUGAAAGCAAGAUCCGCGAGCUCAAGGAGUCUGGGCCUCUGCAUGCCUAUCGCUUCUACCUGGCACAUCAAUCCAGGAUGUUGGGGCUGAAGUCUUCUGAGUGGGACGUACAGGACUUCCUGGAGGCUUUCCAAUUCGCCAGCCUUGAGGAAGCUGCCACAGACCGCAGCAGCAUGAACGCCCUCAUGUGCGCAGUCUUCAGCGGCGACAGUGGAAUGAUACGGCAGCUUGUGCGUUUUCGGGCCGACGUGAACUCAAGAGCUCAUGGCUUGGCAAAAGCGGGAUACUUCGACGGCCAGCCUCUCAUCGUCUGCGCGAGCAAGUCCCACCAACCGCCCCAUGUCUUGGCCACCCUCGUGGAGCUGCGGGCCGAUGUGCAUGCGAGGUCCAGCAACGGCUCAACGGUUGCACCUAUGGUGCGUUCUCCAGAGCAGCUCCAGGUCAUCAUAGAGGCACGGGGAGACCUGCACUGUCACUUCGAUCCCAUGGGCCAUACCCCACUGGGAGGUGCCUGUGGCAUGGCCAACUCUGACACCAUCUCUGCCUUUCUGAAAGCAAGGUGCGACCCGAACCCACCUCUCUACGGCCUGGGCCAAGGCCCGCUUCACCAUGCGAUCCUGUUCUCGCGGGGGAACCGCUCAGCUCUGCAGAUUGUUCGGCUGCUGCUGGAGCAUGGCGCGGACCCGAACGCAGUCACCAAUCCAACUGGACUCUUUAACUGGGUCUGCCAGGCAGCCCUUGCAUACGAGAUGAUCAGGGGUAGGCAGUCCAGCACCUUUCUUAUCCGCGCCUACGCCUCGCUUCCCCGCCUGUCACCGCUGGGCCUCGCGGCCAUGGUUGGGGACCCGGACAUGAUGCAGCUCUUGCUCGACUUCGGCGCAGAAGCACCCCUGCCCAACACCCGCGGAGACUUUCCCGAGGACUUGGCCAGGGAGAACGGCCACCUGCACCUGCUGCCCCUCCUGAACACGUUUCACGUCUAG